GUAGUCAAAUACAUCUAUUUGUUUUUGCAAGUUUAUAUGUAAUACUCCAAUAGAGAAAUUGGGAAUUACUACUAGAAAGUAGAAACUUAAUCGGAUUUUCAACCCUUUUGCCUUCAGCUGAAUUCAUUAUUUUCCGACGCCUGAGAAAGCUUACUAAUUUGAGCAAUUGAGUAGGAAUCUGGGAAAGAGUUGCUGUGAAUUUGACAACACUAAAAGAGAAUGACUUGGAAGCCUCAAGGCCAUGCUUACUUGCUCCUGUGGCUUAUGCUUUCUUUGCACAUCUUAUAUUUUACGACUGCGGCCUAUGCCAAGUCCGGCCGUCCUAUUAGUGAUUCUGAAAUAAGAAUGAAAAAAGAUGAGUGUUAUGCUGAUAUCGAGAGUGGUCUCUGGGGUUUUGAUUGCAAAUCUUCGAUGAUUGCUAAGGAGAAUUGUGCUUUACGAUGUCUGUCACCACGGUGUUACGAAAUUGUUUAUGAGAGUGAUCCGCUGGAAGAAGGAGAGAAGGAUCUAAUCAGAAAUCAAGAAUACAAGUACUGUAUGUAUAGGUUAUCAGCUGGAGAGAGCGUUGACGGCAUUAAGGGAUCUUUUUGAGUAAUACUCAUGCACCAAUGAACUAAUAUGGCACGUCUAUGCUUCCGAACUCCAGUUGAACUUUACAAAGGAACUUCUCAUACUCCAAAAGUUAUUUCUCUGGAGCAGUUCUUUUCAUCAGUUGAUGUGUUGGGAGUGUCAGAAAUGUUGUUGAGUUCUUAUUUGAUCAAGCAUAGGAAGCACUGGAACAGACACCUUAUGAAACGAGAUUUGUGGUUUGAUCUUGGCUUGUAAGCUUCUUGCUGUUGAAAGUAAAUAUGCUUUAUAAUGUAUCUAAUUAUCAGGAAGCUGCUGUUUUUCUUAAAA